ACCCCAAUGGCUAAUCAAAGAACAAAAGUUAAAGAUCUUCCUUGCAUAUUUUUUAAUCUAGUUCAUUACUAUAAAGAUCAGAGUUUAAGUACUUGUGAUAUACCACCAAACUCAGAACAUUGGAGAAAUGCUAAUACACCAGCGGUGACUAAAAAGCUUCAAGCAUUUCAAGAUCUUAUACCGGAACUCAGAGAUCGACAAUUUUCUUAA